AUGGAGACGUUUCGGUCCUUUGUGGAUCAAAACGAUGUAAAUGGCGUACAUACUUCGUACCGGGCCCUCAAGGAGUAUCUCCCGGAUACUCCUACUCACAGGACGGCAGAGAUGGUUUCCAUUGACCGCCAGGUGGUCGUUGGAGCACUGACGGUCCUAGUCACCUCUGGGUCACCGGCGGACCGUGCGCUUGCGGAGGAGAUUCUCGCCGACUCAACUCGUCUUGGGAUUGAAGCGUAUCUGCUUUACGACGCUAUAUUUCAAAGCUUUCUGGGUCGCGGUGCUCUCCAAGACGCGUUCACUUGGUUGAAUCAUAUGCACCUCAAUCCUGGAAGGUGCAAGCCGCAGGGCAUCCAUUAUUUCAGCCUUCUGCGAGCAUGUGGAACGCACAAAAAUUUCCGAUUCGCGCUUUCGAUUGUUGAAUCCAAGCAACCGCCUACGUAUGCGACGUACAGGACCCUGUGCAAGGCACUAUCUCGGAGUGGUUACACCCUGAGCGUUGUCGAACUCCGUGACCUCGUUACCAGUAUGAAAUCAUACGGUGUCUCCUUCGAUCCUUAUCUUUUACGGUUCAUCGUCGAUGGUUACUCAAAUGCUGGACGUUUUGACCUUGCAGAGGAAGCAGAGACUCUUUACUUCUCCGCAUUCGAUGUUCAUUCUGACCUCCGCUCUGCUGACUUCAAUAAGGACCGACGCUUGUCCGUAUCAGCCAAGAAAAAUGGAAAGUGGUCCGCGCUCAGCCUGUAUAACAAGUUCCGAGAGGAAGGUUUUUGUGCUACACAGAGUACUCUGCAGGGCGUGCUGCAUCGCACGACAGCCAUUCCGGUGUUACGCUUCUGGGAAAGGGCCUUCUCUAUGCAAGCUGGUCCAUACGUAUGGGCCAAGAUUAUCCGCAACGCCAUUGAAGUAAACCGAUUGUCUACAGGUCUUGAUCUGUAUCAAUCUGCGAUUUCCUCGGGUAUACAUCCGACGAACAGUAUGCUUCAUCCUAUUCUUCGUGCACUGUGUGCUUCAGGCCUGCGCCCUCCCAGUGACGCUGCCGUUGACCGUGCCUGUGAUUUGUACCACGAGUACGUUCGCCUCAAUGACACGCCCCAAACACGGUCAGAAUCCAAUGAGGCAGAAAAUGGAUCUUCCGUGAACUCCACACAACCGGACGCGCCCAUCUACAAUACCCUUCUCCGCGCCCUUUGUUCUUCAUCCAACACGGAGAAAUAUUUCCCCAUAGCACUCUCGCUCUUGGAGGACAUGCGGUCGCGCAAACUGUCGAUGGACGAUAUGACACUCACUUCCGUCACCGUCCUCCUUAUGCGUUCAUCAUCGAGUUUCACUGAGGCGCUCAAAGCCUACAGACUCGUCUGUCAAUCACAGGACCGUCUAUCCCCCCUACAGAUGGAGGGUUACUCCGCAAUACUGAAUGCAUACUGCAAAUUAUCCGAUCGUUUCAAAAAGGUUCCCCCCGCUCGUCUCUACUUCGAGAUCGUCCAGGACAUGCGUCUCGCUGGCCAUGAUAUAACACCGCAUGUGUACACUAUUCUCCUCCAGCAGCUCGCUAAAUUGGCUAGACUGGAUCCCAGUCUCCGAGAUCAGGUUGCCUCAUCGGUUCGGCGAGUUCACGACUUCCUAAACGUUGAGGCCUCGUUGAAGCCAGACACCGCCUUGUGGAACCAGUUGAUGGAUUCCUAUCAGCGUGCAGGUUGCUUCCUGGAAGCGUACCGCAUAUGGGAAUCGUUGUAUAGGUCGCACGAAUUCGACGCUACGAGCAUUAGCGUCAUCCUCGAUGCAUGUGGAUACGCAGGCCAAUACGAUACCGCCCUGCAGAUUUACUCGGACUUGGUGGACAGCGGGUUUCAGUUUGACCUACGCAAUUGGAAGAACUGGCUGGAAUGCCUGUGCCGGUUAGACAAGGUCGAUGAGGCUCUGAAGGUCCUUUGCCUGGAGAUGGGCGAGGGGGCAGGUAACGUGGAGCCGGACGAAGAAAGCGUGCGGAUCGUGCUCAAGUUUGCUACUCAUACGAACUUCGAAGGGGAGGCACGUGAUCGUGUUAAACGAUACCUACCCCACCUUUGGAAACAAAUGAGCCAGGAGAGGCGAGUCGUAUUCUGA